CACGAGCCCAACAGCAAAUUCCAGUCACCAGCACAGGCUUAGGCCCAGGCCCAGGCCCAUGACCUGAGAAAAAAAAAAAAAAGAAGAAGAAGAAAAGAAGAAGAGGAGAAAAGACGGUGCAGCAGUGCAGUUCCUCCUCGCUCAAGCAAAGCUGAAACUCCAUCUCUGAGAGAGAGAGCGAGAGAGAUAGAGAGAAGCCAUGGAAGGCCAAGAAGGACCUCAGCAGCCUCACCUGGUGCUGGCUCACAAGCUUUUCCUCCUCACCCACUCCGACGUCCAAGAUAUUGAGAAGGUCCGUCUCCGGGAAGAGGUUUUCUCCUACGUCAAAUCGGACGAUAUGGCCCCGCUUUACGAAACCCUAGCGGCCGACUCGGUGCUGGAAUUGGAUCAAGCCGUUUUGGACUCGAUGCGUGCGAAGAACGAUGAUGAAGUCAAGAAGCUUGACGAAAAGAUAGCUGAUGCUGAAGAGAAUUUAGGUGAAAGUGAAGUUCGAGAAGCUCAUUUAGCUAAAUCCUUGUUUUACAUUCGGAUUGGUGACAAGGACAAGGCAUUGGAGCAGCUGAAGUUAACAGAAAGCAAGACAGUAGCAGUUGGGCAAAAGAUGGAUCUUGUGUUUUAUACACUACAGCUAGGGUUUUUUGACAUGGAUUUUGAUCUGAUUUCUAAAAGCAUUGAUAAAGCAAAGAACUUGUUUGAAGAGGGAGGUGAUUGGGAAAGAAAAAACCGUUUGAAGGUGUACGAGGGCUUGUUCUGCAUGUCCACUCGAAAUUUUAAGAAGGCAGCCACAUUAUUUUUAGACUCCAUCUCAACCUUCACAACCUAUGAACUUUUCCCAUAUGACACCUUCAUAUUUUACACAGUUCUGACCAGCAUUAUAUCACUGGAUAGAGUCUCUUUGAAGCAGAAGGUAGUAGAUGCUCCUGAGAUCUUAACAGUGAUUGGGAAGAUUCCAUAUCUUUCAGAGUUUUUAAACUCUCUAUAUGAUUGCCAAUACAAAUCAUUUUUCUUAGCAUUUGCUGGUCUUUCGGAGCAAAUCAAAUUUGAUCGCUAUUUGCAUCCACAUUUCCGGUAUUAUAUGAGGGAAGUCAGAACAGUGGUUUACUCGCAGUUUUUGGAAUCAUACAAGAGUGUUACAAUAGAAGCAAUGGCAAAGGCAUUUGGGGUGACGGUGGAGUUCAUUGAUUUGGAGCUGUCACGCUUUAUUGCUGCAGGGAAGCUUCACUGCAAGAUAGACAAAGUAGCAGGUGUUCUCGAGACUAAUCGUCCCGAUGCCAAAAAUGCUCUCUAUCAAGCAACUAUAAAGCAAGGAGACUUCUUGUUAAACCGGAUCCAGAAGCUGUCCCGUGUGAUUGAUCUGUAAAAGUAGGUAGCCUUUCAUUGUGUUGCAGAGAGUGAGAUGCCAAAAUUUACAUGGUUUUGAUCAAAGACAUUGCCUUGGGACUUUGUGUCCAUCAUAUGUUGAAUGUCAUGCCUAUUCAACUGUAUUCCUUUUUCUUUGCCCGUUCCUUUUCCCUUUGUCUUUGAACAUCUCAACAAUAUCUGGAGCAUUGAUUAUUUUCAUCUUCUUUCAAAGCUUAAGAGUGGCAUUUGACUCGUC